ACACACACUAUGCAACUGUACAAGCUAAGUCAUGAUCAUAUCGUCAAAAUGACACUUUAUUUUCUUUUAUGGUAAGCAAAGUUACAGGCAAAGUGAAAAAAGGGCACCCAACGGAAAGGGGAAGGAACGGCGAUCAUAUCUUGCCGGCCACGCCCACGCCUCAGGCGCGCAAGACAUGCAGACGCAGAGAAGUCAGUGCCCCGAAGACAGCGUCCGAGAAGGCAGCGCGAGCGCACGCGCCCACCCACCGCCACCACCCGUUCCGCGCGUGACCAUGUCCACCACCGCCUGCUCGAAACGCUCGGCAUCCAUGCCCCUCCCCGGCGCCGGCGCUGGCAAAGGCAAGGACCCGACCCCGGGUGGGAGCGGCGGCGGGCGCGCUCGGCUCCGCGACGAGCAGCUGCGCCAGCUCCGCGAGCUCUUCCUCCGCUUCGACCUCGACGGCGACGGCAGCCUCACCAAGUUGGAGCUCGCAGCGCUACUCCGCUCGCUGGGCCUCCGUCCCGCGGCCGGGGACGAGAUCCACGCGCUCAUCGCCGCCAUGGACGCCGACGGCAACGGCACGGUCGAGUUCGACGAGCUCGCCUCCUCCCUGGCCCCGCUGCUCCUGGGGCCGUGCCGCCCCGCCGUCGCCGUCGACCAGGCGCAGCUCGCCGAGGCGUUCCGCGCCUUCGACCGCGACGGCAACGGGUUCAUCUCCGCCGCCGAGCUCGCGCGGUCCAUGGCGCGGAUGGGCCACCCCAUCUGCUACGCCGAGCUCACCGACAUGAUGCGCGAGGCCGACACCGAUGGCGACGGCGUCAUCAGCUUCCAGGAGUUCACCGCCAUCAUGGCCAAAUCAGCCGUCGACUUCCUCGGCCUCGCCGCCUUGUGACUGCGCCGAGGCAAAUCCAUGGUUUCACGGAUUCCUCCUUCGAUCUCCUCCUCUGUUCGUGCAUUCCUUCCCAGUUUCUUUUCCAUCUCGCUUUGCUAAUACUCCAUUUCACGGAGUACAUUCAUUUGAACUGAAUUGGUGUAUGUAUCAUGUCUGAUUCUGUAAAUAUGAUGUCAUGUUGCUGUAGUGCACAUUUGAUUUGACAUUGCUAUCCACGGAAAGAAGGGAAUAAUUGCCAAAUUCACAAAACAGUAUUGUGCUUGAUAAGUUUGAUUUUGGUACUUGGGAACUGCUGUGUUCAUCGGCAACACAAACAGAAUAUUGAAAGAUACACAAAACUGGGUGGUGAAAUUUGCUUUCAGAUCACAUGGAACAAAGGAUGCAGAAAGACAAUGCUUGAUCCAAUAAAAUGAUUCAGCAGAACAAAUCCAUGCAUGCAUUUGUAGAAGUUAGGACCUGAUACUUGAACUGCUUCUGGAAGAGCCGGAAAUUAACCAUUCUCAUGUGCUGUACAAAAAAACAAGAAUAUCAACAAGGUGAAUCAAAGUACAAAUAAUCUGGUCAGAAACAGUACACCCCCAAUGAGGCCCAAAACUGAAAAGUUGAAUUAAGUACAAACAAGUGGCCUUUUGUUGCUUGCUUAAUUUGUAGUUUUAUUCCUCGGCAACAGAUUUGGGAACAUUUUUUAUGGAGACUAGUAGCUUUCAACUAUGCUGCAAAAAAAGUUAUGUCAGAUUUCAAGUAAAAUGAGAAACAAGCAAUAGUUACAUUCAUG